ACCUUUGGGGCUGUUGACGUGGGCGGCGCUCUGGACGCUGAAACACUGUCAUAUAUCUCAUUAUUCACUCAGUAGAGGGUUGACGGGGGUACACCAUGCUCUGUUUUCAGAAGACUGGGAGUAUGAAUUACAGAGGAGAAUGAAAUAAGAGCAGAAUUAUAUAUGUCCUUCACUGAGGCUGGGCCAUCAGUGCCAGUGUGCUGGGAGCCUGGGAGGUUGGAAGGAAAGAUGGCUGGCUAUGGGACUCCUGUAGGUGAAAGAUGUCGCUUUUGUGGCCUUGAUCUUCCCCCUGAUGCAGUAACAGUCAUGGCACAUAUCAGUACUCAUUGGAGGCAGUUCAACUUAGAGUCCUUGAGUCCUUGUGCUUUUGAGCCGCAGCUGGAUAUUCGAGUUGGUAACACUCCCCUUAAUCCUGAAGACAUAGAGGUUUCAUCUCACAUGGAGCAAGGUUUUCAGUAUUCAUACUCUCCACAGACAGAGCCCUCAAAUUUAACAAUUAAUGGUGCAAGAUGCUCUCCAUUAAAUUUAACAGGACGUUCCAAAUCGUCUUCUCCAUUAUCAUCGCCUCUACCUCAUGCACCUUCUAUUCCUCCUCCACCGCCUCCUAUUCUUAAUCAUCAGCCAUCACUUGGAUGCCAACUUGUUCUGCCUCCUUCACAUCCCCAUCAUCCAUCAUUUUCUAUUGGGAUGUUAGGGACUCCUCAGAUAACACAUCAAAUUCCACCAGUGCAUGUCACCCAGACUCUGGAUAUAGAUGCAAAUGUUGAGUCUCAUGAUGAUCAAAAUGGGUUAUUAAAGCGAAAAAGACGACUUGACCGCUUCAUGGAAAUGAGAUGCCAUGUCUGUGGCCGGACAUUUUUCACCAAAUCAUCUUUUGAUGAGCACAUGGACAGUCAUAUUAAAGAUAAUAAUGCUUACAUCAUGAGUGAUCAGAUGGAUGGUGGACAUAUAGUGUCAAAUGUCAUGUCUUGUUCCAUGCCAGACAAGCCAUACAAAUGUGCAGUGUGUGAUAGAGAGUUUACUUAUAAAGAAGAGCUGCUUGAACACGCAGACAGUCAUGAAGCAGCUAAACCAUACAAGUGUGAUAUAUGUGGUGCCGGCCUCUCUCAUAUCAGUGCUCUGCGACGGCACAGACUUGCACAUAGUGGCUAUAAGCCUCAUAGGUGUGAAAUUUGUAGUCGAAGCUUCUUCCAGAAAUGUGACCUCCAGCGGCACUACACAACCCAUGGCAAGUCAAAGCAAUAUGAAUGUGGUGCCUGUAAAAAAAAAUAUUCUUCCCUACACUUUCUUGAAAACCACAAGUGCAAAGCCCCAGAGGAGCCCAAACCCUUUAAGUGUAACAUAUGUGGUGAAGGUUGUGCCAACAACAUGGCUUGGAGCUAUCAUAUGUGGAAACAUACCAAAAACCCUAUCUUUGUUCCUUUCCAGGAGAAGUUCAAUAUUCAUACAGGACAGACUGAAAGUAAUUAAUUCUGAGAGUUUCUGAAAUAAUUUGAAAAUUUCAAACAUUUUGAGGGAAUAACUUUGCAUUCAUGGCAAUUUAAUUCAUGCCAGUUCUUGCUACAGCAUCUGGGAUGUUGGUUAUAAAAUAUUUUCCAAACAUUUAAUUUUGUGGAGUCAUAACUGUUGUUGAUGUUUCACUAGUGCCUCAUAGCAAUGCCUGUAUGUAACUUAAAACUCCAUCUGUUCCUUCAUUUUAUUUUCUUAUGCUUUAAGAAUUAUUUAAAUAUAAUUUUGUUUUUCCCAAGAUACUUGAAUAUUCUUACCUGUUUAAUGUCUUAAAAAUAAGUUAGCCAGGAAAAAUGAGAUGAACAAAUACAGUACCAGGGAAAAUGAGAUGAACAAAUAUGGAUUUAGUCUAAGAAUAAUUACAGAAUUGUUCUAGGCUUUUGUAAUGCAUAAAGACAUGUAAGUGGGUUAAAACCAGGCAAAGGUAUCCAAAAUAACUAGCUGUUAAAAAUAUUUGUAUAUUCUUGUGGUUCCAUUCUAGGUAACUUACUCAUGUGUAUAGCCUUGCUGAAGGUCUCUCUCUCACAUGACCUACAUAAAGGUCUUUCUCACAUGACCUAUGUGAAGGUGUCUCUCUUUCUGUUUCCAAAUAUCUAUCAUUUCACUUCUUCCAAUUUUAAAUUUACAUUACUGACAUUUCACUAAUUGUUCAGUUUUACUCAUUUUUAAUUUCACUUUUUCUUUAUAUUUUACUUAGCUGCUUAUUUUCUGUGGCACUAAUAUAUAUAUUUGAGAUCCAUGUUAAUACUGGGUCAAUUUCUUGUCGUGCAGUGGUGUACAUCUUUGGCUCACAAAAGAGGAUCCCGGGUGCGGUCUUUGGAUGGGACAGACACAAUUGGGCACAUUUCCUUUCACCUCAUGCCUUUUGUUCACCUAACAAUAAAUAAAUACCCAGGAGUUAGGCAACUGGUGUGGAUUAUAUCCUGCAGAACAUCAUCAGUAGUUGUGGGUUAAGUCGUAGUGGGCUGAAGAAGUUACAUGAUUUCAGUAGCAAUGAGGAUAGGUGCCACACGGGAAUCACUUUGUUGAUUUAUUUUCAUUGUUUCUCGCUUUUUUUUUUAUAGUUUUUGUCCUAACAAGCUGUACUGAUAUGUCAAAGAUGGGGUUCAUUAGGUAUAACUUUUAAAGUAAAAGUAUGUUCAAAUAUGUGUAUAAAUAUACAUCAUGUAUUUAUUCAUGCUACUAUAUUAUAUAUAUAUAUAUAUACAGUGGCACCUCGACAUACAAUUGCCCCUACUUAUGAUAAUUUCGAGUUACGAUGUAAAUUUCAUUGAAAAAUGCAACUCGACAUCCGAUAUAUUUGAAUGGUACACGUUCGUGUCGACCGAGCGCGUGGUUCCCGGUCACGCGGCCAACCUGCCUCAGUUUACUACAGCUGCCCGCUUAGUGACGAUCGCGCCUAUAAGAAAUUCUGCUUUUGUGGCGAUUUUUUGCAUUUUGAACAU